AUGGAACAAUUAAAUAAGGAUGACCGAAAAAAUCUUUCUAAAACUUGUCGAUGGCUAUAUCGCAUGACAAAUAAAUUUCGUUUCGGAUUUGUGUCACCUGAAUGGGAGGGAGUAAAUGUUUCUGGAAUCGAUAACAGUAACAUUAUCGCUUCUAAUUACCGAGAUGGUGUAUGGUCUGAUAAUACAUUCUAUCUAGUGAUCUUUUCUAGUGAUAGACCAAUUUGCUGGUCUCUUAAUUUGGCCGAUCGUCCGAUCAGGUGGAAUAAAAAAGAGAUAGACCUAGAAUCACCUGAUCAAUAUGAACCAGUUCGGUAUAGUGCCGCAGCGAUAGUUACAAACACAACAAACACAAAAAUGUAUAUAUUUGGUGGAGAAAAUAUAGAAACCGAAAAAUUAUCUAAUGCGCUCUACGAAUUAGACUUUAAAACUUCUAAAAUGAUUAAGAUAGAAUCUUCAGCAACCCCCGCUCCCAGAAAGAUGCAUUCACUCAAUGCUAUCAGUAAUGAACGUUUGGCAAUGUUUGGCGGACGAUGUUUGAUGAAUGAAGGAGGAGAAAUGUAUGACACUCAACAUUUUGCAAUUUACGAUAUAGAAAAUAAAAGUUGGUCUUAUGUAGAAUCAAUGCCUUAUCGACGUGCUUCGCAUAGUACUAUGGUAUUAGAUGAGAAACUUUACAUCUACGGUGGCCAAAAUUCCUCUUUUUCGUCAACCGAAAUACAAAUACACGAUGAUAAGGAUAUUCAUUUGUAUGAUGUUCGCCAAGAAAAUUGGAAUAAAAUUAUCGCACCUUAUCCUGAUGGUUCACGAUUGUCACCUACAUUAACACUUCCGUCAUAUUGGAUAAAGACGGAUGGAAGUAAAGUCGGAAGAAGAGUACAUGCUGCGAUGUUUUCGAUGCACAAACGUAUCAUUAUUUUGAAUGGAGAGGAAAGAGAUAAUUUCGAGUAUGAAGAAAAUGAGCAACCUUGGGAGCUCUUAAAAUCUUUGUCAUUAGAAGAACGUAAUUGGGAUCAUAUAAGAGUCAAGGGAUUACCACAGAUGGGCUGCGUUGCUGUGGUUGGCGAAUAUGAAGGUGAAACAAAAGGCAUAUUUGUCGUCGGAAAGGUUCAUAAUGAUGAUAAUUUAAUUAUGGGUUGGAUUAAAGAUUCCAUCGAUAUAUGA